CCAGAAAAUGAAAACAUGAGAAAGAGAGAGAUAAUCGGGUUUGGGCAUGGCGUGCUUUGGGAUUUAGAAGUUGACUUCCGUUAUUUUUUCCUCUCUUUGUAGACUACGAUUUUCAAAGUGGAGGGUGAGUGUGGGGCAAACAAGAUUGAAUUCGAAAUUGAGUAGGAAAUAUGAUGGAAUUCGAAAGCAAGUUGCAGAAGUGCUUGAUGGGGAAGUUCACAUGAUUUAGUUUUUGUUUGACUAUUAGACUUCCAGAUUUUAAGAAUUUAUUUGAUUAAAAAGGGAUAAAGACGAUUUAGAUGUCAAAAUUCUAUUAGUAGGGAACACCACCUGACACAGAGCAAUAGAUGAAGAGAUAAAGGUGUGAAAAAACUUUUUUACUAUAAAGGUUAAUUUUGUAACCUACACUUCAAAGAAAAAAAAAGGUAAUGAUGUCAUAUUUCACAUGUAUUAACUUUUGUCUCUCCUUUUAAUGUUUAAAAAGUGUUGAUUCAAUAUAAUUUUUCUUUAUUUUUACCUUGCGCACAUUCCUUGUUAAUUUAUGACUUUUGAUUUUUUUAAUUUAUUUGGAACAGCCGCCCUAUACCCACCCCAAACCGCACGUACCAACCCCGACCGGCGGAUCCCCCUCCUUCCUCCGCAUCCCUUCCUCUGUGCAACCCAAAUUCCACAAUUGUUUCAGAUGUCCGAUUUCUCCUCAAGAAAAAGAUGAAUGCCCAGCAAUUCCGACACCUACUGUGUAUACAUUUUCGUCAAAACAUACAAUGAAACGACAAUUAAAGCAAAUCAUCCUUGCCCAAAUCAUCAAAAACCCUAAACCCCAACUCUUAAACCCUCUACUGGGACAUCUCACAAACUCCCCCGCCCCACAAACUGCCCUUUUCCUCUACAACCAAAUGCUCCACCACCCAACCUCCCACAACCACUACACCUUCACUUACGCUCUCAAGGCAUGUUGCUUCCUCCAUGAUGACAACAAGGGCCGGGAAGUCCACGCCCGAGUCGUAAAAACCGGGCACUUUUCCGAUACCUUCAUCCAAAACUCGUUGCUUCACUUCUACGUAACCCAAGCUGACAUUGUAUCUGCUACCCGGGUUUUCGAUUCCAUACCAAACCCUGAUGUUGUUUCGUGGACUUCGAUGAUUUCGGGUCUUAACAAGUGUGGAUUUGUGGAGGAAGCAAUUGUUAAGUUUAUGUCCAUGGAUGUGCCGCCUAAUUCUACUACUCUUGUCAUUGUCAUGUCCGCUUGUUCGAGUUUAGGAGCUUUAAAGUUUGGUAAAUCUGUUCAUGGAUAUUGUAUGAGGAAGUUAUCUGAAAGGAAUGUUAUUUUGGACAAUGCAGUGUUGGAUUUUUACAUGAGAUGUGGGUCUUUGGUGAGUGCACGGUACCUGUUUGUAAAUAUGCCCAGGAGAGAUGUGUAUUCGUGGACUAGCAUGGUGGGUGGUUAUGCACAAAGAGGAUUUUGCGAUGAGGCAGUGAAGCUUUUUCAGGGGAUGGUUCAGGGAGAGGAAGUUGAGCCUAAUGAGGCUACCAUUGUAAAUGUAUUGGCAGCGUGUUCUUCGAUUGGGGCAUUGAGUUUAGGCCAGUGGGUGAAUUCGUAUAUAAGUGCACGCCCAGAUCUCGUGUUGAAUGGCAUUCUGGGAAAUGCAUUAAUAAACAUGUAUGUAAAGUGUGGUGAAGUAGGUAUGGCAGUUUCGGUUUUUAAAACCCUGGUUUGCAAGGAUCACAUUUCGUGGAGUACCAUCAUAAGCGGCAUGGCCAUGAAUGGGUAUGGUAUACACACGUUGCAGCUCUUUUCGCUCAUGCUAGUCCACGGGAUUCCUCCUGAUGAUGUAACCUUCCUUGGCUUGUUAUCAGCAUGCAGUCACGCAGGUCUAGUCGAUCAAGGGUUGAUGAUUUUCAAUGCUAUGAAAAAUGUUUAUCGGAUUGCCCCUCAAACACUGCACUACGCCUGCCUAGUUGAUAUGUAUGGUCGAGCGGGGUUCUUAGAGGAAGCAGAGAAUUUCAUGAAGGAAAUGCCAACAGAAGCAGACGGCGUUGUUUGGGGAGCGUUGCUUAAUGCUUGCAAAAUUCAUGGGAAUGAGAAGAUGCUUAAGAGGAUCAGAAAUGGUCUCCUCAAGAGUAGAGGAGUAAGCAUCGGAACUUAUGCUCUCAUAUCGAAUACAUACGCCACUCACGAACGGUGGGAUGAGGCUAAUAAGGUUCGUGAUGAAAUGAGACAAAUGGGGUUGAAGAAAUUAGCAGCGUACAGUCAGAUAGAUGUGGAUCCAAACACAUUAACGUUCUUUUAGAUUGAGCAACAAAUCUACUCUCUCAAACACUUCAAAACUUUACACUCCGAUUAUUAGACAAUACGAUAUUUACAUUUUCAUUUUGUUAUAAUAGGAAUAAUAACACUCGAUAAAUACGUUUGUCCAUUUAUUGCAGAACAAUUAAGGCUAGUCGUGUCUUUU